AUGGAGCAAGGUGGGGCUGUUUUAUCGUCAGUAAAGUACGUUGAAGACUAUGAGAACAUUGGAGACACGUCUUCUUCCGAAGAGGAAGUGCUGCACGAGCCAACUAUAAUGGAUGCGCUCCCGUUCACAGGUCUGAAAGGUAUUUCGUUAAUAAGUGUCUUUUCAUUGACACUGAAUGUAAUGAUUGGGACUGGUGUUUUUGGAAUGCCGUUGGCAUAUCGUGAAGCGGGGCUUAUUCUUUCGUUGGGGCUGUUACUUGUGUUCUACGUUUUAACAUCAUUUUCAGCUGUAUACAUCUUGGAAUCGAUAUCGAGAGUCGGCACGUACUUGAAAAGAAAUGACAAGGAUAGUGUUGGUGUUCGACACACAAAGGUCGAUGUGUAUGACAGCUACGGAUACACAUCUUUAGCGUCUCACACUUCAGGAAAGGUGUUUAAAGCAAUUAUCAACGUAAUGAUGGUAGUCAACUGCUAUGGGGUUUUGUGGAGUUUUGUUGGGACGUCUGUGAAUUCUAUCGGGACUAUGUUUUGGUCGAUUUACGAAGAACCUCUUCAUUGCCCAGUACAAAACCACUUUUCAUUGGACUGGCAGUGCCAACUCACGUAUUACGGGUCUGAAGCAUUGUUUGCGCUUCUUGUUGUUCCCCUUUCCUUUAUGAAAUUGGCUUCGCAGACCGUUGUGCAGUUUCUCAUGAUGAGCUAUUGCGUCCUCGUUUUUUGCUUGAUGGUGGUGACUUGUGUAGUGUCGUUGAUAAUGGUCGGGCCAUUAUCUCCAGUUGCACUCUUUGAGUUUUCAGGUUUUGGUACUGUAUUUUCACACACUGCAUUUGCGCUCGUGUGCCACAUCAGUAUUCCCGAUAUCAUUGCCCCAGCAGAGAAGAAAGGGAAAACACACAUCCCAAUUAUCACCUCGAUCUUUGUUGCUUCACUCUUUUAUGGAUUGAUAGGUGCUGUGUGUGCUUCGACUUUUGGAGGAACAGUGACGACUCCAGUCACAUUGAAUUGGGGAUCAUAUACUGGUAUUGGCUCGGGUUGGGACAAGGGAAGUACACAGUGGUAUGCCUAUAUCAUUCGUUAUUUGAUUUUGGCGUUCCCCCUUGUGAAUUUGACGAGCUCAUUCCCAAUAGUUGCGCAAACAGUUGCUGGAAAUAUCUGCUCAAUGUUCACAAAAGAAUUUUUGGAGACGAAGAAAGGGAAGGUUGUGAGAUACGUAGCAUUGAUCACAUCGAUUAUUGUCCCUUUCAUUCUUGGUGGCAUCUCAUCGUCACUUGAAAUGAUUUUCAACUUGACAGGUCUGGUGUCGUUUGUACUCGUCUUUUUGGUUCCAUGUCUUUACCAAUUAAUGUCGAUUAAAAUGUUCCACAGCCUCAAGUUUUAUAGGUGCUCCUGUUGGUCAUACUUCCCUAAAACGCCGUUCUCAAGCAUUUUGUCAGCACCUAUCAUUGUACUUGUGGUAUUUGCUAUUUCAUUUGUCUUGUUCAUUGUGUCCAUUAUCGUACUUGUUUUUGACACAAUUAGUAAAUUUGGAGGAGAUUCAUCUGCAUUUUCUUCAUCUUCAUUGUCUUCUGGUUCAUUUUAA